AUGGUGGGUCAGGUAGUGGACCACCAUCUCAGUGGGUGUCACCUGGUGCUCAUCACCACUACACAACACUCACUCAUUACCUCCAGUAUAAUCAGACGCCUGAGUGAGGGUGUGGAGGCUGGCGUGGUAGUGGAGGUAGGCUGGGAAUAUUCCCAGGACCAGCUGGCCCAGGACCAACUCCAGCAGGGUGUCUGGGGCGACUCUAAGACCACCUGCCGGGGUCUCAUACUCGACCUCACCAACACCAACAAUACUCAUUCUGCCUUAAGGUUUCUUGAGAAAGCUGAACUGUGGAAGUUACCUGAGACUCUGGUGGUGGUGGUGGGAAGGAGAACUGGAGUGAAGGAAGUUCUCCUUCGUCACAGCUUCCGUAAUACUAUCCACGCCCUCUACCUGACCCUCCACGACCUCACCCUUGACGCAUCACGACCCCGUAACUCACAUCUCGGAAAGUCUCGUGUACUAGGAGCGAGUGGAGGUGUGUUGGUGUACCGGAGGUGUCUGUACUGCAACAGAGGUGAGGCUGAUGUCCAACUCCUCCACCUGUGGAACCUCACCUCACUUACACAAUCCAUGAGUGACAUAUUUCAAGGCAAGAGACAGUUUCAAAACUUCUGGGGCAAUAAGAUGAAGUUUUCAACUAUUGUUUACUUUCCAUACACGGAUUACACGCUGGACCAUGCUGAACCAGGCAGCACAGUGUCCCUCAACGAUGGUCUUGAUGCUAGACUUCUGUCUCUCUUCGCUAAAACACUCAAUAUUAGCUUUGAGAUUCGCGAGCAGCCUGAGAGAUCUUACGGUGUUCAGAAGAAUGGCCGCUUCACUGGCAUGGUGGGACAACUGCAGCGGGAAGAGAUAGACAUUGGUGGACCAAUGGCAACACUCGCUGAGCGGAUCCCGCCGAUGGAAUUCUUGUGCGCGUACGAAGUCGACUCGCUGGCCAUCGUGUCUCUGAAGCCCACACUCUUGCCACAACUCCUCUCGCUGUUUAAACCUUUUGCAAGAGAACUGUGGUUGGGAUUGCUGGUGAGUGUGAUGGUGUGGAGCGGGAUCCUAUGGUUGCUGCAGGAAGUAUGGUGGUGGAUCACAGGGACAAACAGAGUCAGCAUCAUCACCAUCCUUCUGUAUGGCUGGGGCGCUCUCCUGGCCAACCUGCCCUCAGACCCUUCAGUCAAUAAAGCAGGAAAAGUGUUGGUGGGCGUGUGGCUGAUGUUCUGUCUAGUCAUAACCACUGGAUACAGUUCUUCACUAGUCGCCCAUUUAUCAGUCCAGGAGAAGACUAAACCCCCGGAAAGCUUCGAGGACCUGGUGACUCGGAACAACUGGAAGUGGGGCAUUGAGUCCUGGGUGCUGCAGGGAGGGGUGUUACUCUAUUUCUCAGAGCAUACGGACCCAGUUAUACAAAAAGUAUAUAAGAAAAUAGAGACUCUGGUGAUGGCGAAGGGACUGGAGAAGGUGAGAGAGGGAGAUUACUCGUUCAUGAGCGUCAGUUUCUCAAUCAAGAGGAUCAUCGACUCUCUAUAUACUGAUAGCUAUGGCCAGACAGCCUACUAUCUCAGCAAUGGGGAAAUUCGCCUUUUGGCUGGCUUUGGGUGGGGUUUCAGGAAAGGUGCUCCAUUUUACAACAUAUUUAUGGUGUUACUGUUGCGACUGCAAGAUGCUGGAAUUAUAGAUCGAUGGACGAAAGAAGUUAUGGCACAGCGUGUAAGAGAGGACAGAGAAGCUGCAUCAUUAAACCCAGAAGCUAUACACAGCUCUGCACUACAUGACAGCAGAGUGGUGUUGGGAAUGAAUCACCUGCAAGGAGCAUUCUACAUGCUGCUGCUGGGUACAGGAGUGGCCUUCCUCACCCUGCUGGGGGAGAACCUCGCCCACUGGUGCUCCUGCAGGGGGAGAACCUCGCCCACUGGUGCUCCUCACCUCAGUAACUACCUUCUCAGGCGUGGCCUUCUUCACCCGGCAGGGGGAGAACCUCGCCCACUGGUGCUCCUUCCCUCAGUAAACACAAUGCUAUUUGAAAGUCACAAAACAGUGUUGUUAAUAACGCUGAUCAACACUGCGCUAAUAACUAGCCACGAUGUGGGCGGAGCCGUGGAGCAGGUGGGCGUGAUGGUGGAACGGAUGGUGGAGCACUACUAUCUCACCAGCUGUCACCUGGUACUCAUCACCACUACACAACACUCACUAAUUACAGCCAACAUAAUCAGGUUUCUUGAGGAAGCUGAACUAUGGAAGUUACCAGAGACUCUUGUGCUUGUUGUGGGAGGAAAAGCGGGGGUGAAGGAUGUGCUUCUCCACCAUAGCCUCCACAACACUAUCCACGCCCUCUACCUGGCCCUCCACGACCUCACCCUCCAAAACAUUACCUUCAAUGACGUCGUCCAACACAGCAUCAAAUUCAUAGCACCACUACAUAACCCACGUUAUAAAAAACCCGUUACACGGGAAGGCACACUAGUGAGUGGAGGUGUGUGGGUGUACCGGAGGUGUCUGUACUGUAACAUGGGUGAGGCAGACGUCCAGCUCCUCCACCUGUGGAACCUCGCUUCAUUUACUCACAGCAAAUAUGAUUUAUUUCAAGGCGAGUAUUCUUUGAGCAGUUUCAUAACUUCUGGGGAAAGAAAUGAAGUUUUCAACUAUUAUAUACUUCCCGUACACGGAUUACACUUAGAUAAUAGUGAACCAGGCAGCACAGUGUCCCUCAAGGACAGCCUUGAUGCUAGACUUCUGUCUCUCGUUACUGAAAAACUCAACAUUAGCUCAGUGAUGCGGGAGAUGCCUAAUCGAUAUUAUGGUGUGCAGAAGAAUGGCCAGUUCACUGGUAUAAUAGGUCAACUACAGCGGGAAGAGAUAGACAUUGGUGCACCAAUGGGACCCCUUUCUGAACGCAUCCCGGCAAUGGAGUUCUUGAGGGCGUACGAAGUCGACCCACUGAUCAUUGUGUCUUUGAAGCCAACUCUUCUGCCACAACUCCUCUCACUCUUAAAACCUUUUUCACGAGAACUAUGGCUGACGUUGUUGACGAGUGUGGUGUUGUGGGGUGUGAUCAUGUGGAUACUACAGAGAGUAUGGUGGUGGGUCACAGGGACACACACAGUCAACUUCGUCACCAUCCUUCUGUAUGGCUGGGGCGCACUCCUGGCCAACCUGCCCUCAGAUCCUUCCGUCAACAAAGCAGGAAAAGUGAUAAUGAAAGGACUGCAGAAGGUGAGAGAGGGAGAAUACUCUUUUUUAAGCGUCAGGUACUCCAUCAUGAUAGCUAUCGACUCCCUAUACACUAACAACUAUGGGCAAACACCUUAUUACCUCAGCCAUGAAGAAAUUCGUCUUCUGGCUGGCUUUGGAUGGGGUUUCAGGAAAGGUGCCCCAUUUUACAAUAGAUUUAUGCAGCUUAUAUUUCGUUUGCAAGAUGCUGGAAUUAUCAGGCGGUGGACUGAGGAAGUGUUGGUACAACGUAUGAUAGAGAACAGAGCAGCAGCAGCACUCAAGCCACAAAGUACUAUGGGUCCCACACUUAAUUAUUUUACAAAUUUUCAGAAAGAGGACAGCAGUGUGGUGUUGGGAAUGAAUCACCUGCAAGGAGCAUUCUACAUGCUGCUGCUGGGUACAGGAGUGGCCUUCCUCACCCUGCUGGGGGAGAACCUCGCCCACUGGUGCUCCUCCCCUCAGUAA